UGGGUGCCGAGAGGAGCGGCGCGGCGGGAUGGAGCGGGUCCGGGCGCUGGGCCUGGGGCUGCUGCUGGGGGUCCUCGUUGGGGCGGCGAGCGGGCUCCAUUCCCUGCGCUAUUUCCAUGUUGGGGUGUCAGAGCCCAGCCCGGGGGUACCCCGGUUCACGUCUGUGGGGUACGUGGACCAGGACCCCUUUGUGCGCUACGACAGCGAGAGGAGGAAGAUGGAGCCCCAGGUGCAGUGGGUGGAAGCAAAUGUGGAUCAGCAGUACUGGGACAGCGCGACCCAGAUCGCACAGAGCCAUCAGGAGGUGUACCGCGUGGGCUUAGACACCCUGCGGCGCCGCUACAACCAGAGCGGGGGGACUCACACGUGGCAGCGCAUGGCCGGCUGUGACCUCCUGGAGGACGGUAGCACCAGGGGGUUUAGUCAGUGGGCCUACGACGGGAGGGACUUCAUUGCCUUCGACAUGAACACGAUGACGUUCACCGCAGCGGAUGCGGCGGCACAAGUCACCAAGAGGAAGUGGGAGGAGGACGGGAAUUACAAUGAGCAGUUGAAGCUCUACCUGGAGAACGACUGCAUCGAGUGGCUGAGAAAGUACGUGAGCUACGGACGGGCCGUGCUGGAGAGGAAAGAGCCCCCCACGGUCCGAGUGUCGGGGAAGGAGGCCCAGGGGAUCCUGACCCUGCACUGCCGCGCUUACGGCUUCUACCCGCGGCCCAUCACCGUCAGCUGGCUGAAGGACGGCGAGGUCAGGGACGCGGAGACCGAGUGGGGCAGCGUCGCGCCCAACAGCGACGGCACCUACUACACCUGGGCCUCUAUUGAGGCCCGCCCGGAGGACAAGGACAAGUACCGGUGCCGCGUGGAACACGCCAGCCUGCUGGAGCCCGGCCUCUUUGCGUGGGAGCUGGAGUCCAAACUGUUCACCAUCGUGCUGGCGGUGGCUCUUGCCAUCGGGGCUGUUGCUGCCGUCAUCGCUGGAUUCAUCAUCUGGAAGUGGAAAUCAGAGAAGAAUAAGAAGGGCUACGACAAGGCGCCAAGUGAGUACCGGGGUCGGGUCCAGCUCCAGCCGCUGCCCAGCGCCGGGGCGGUCUCGUGGCUCUGGUUUCUGGCCGCUGCCGGCAUUUCCCCAUCCCCCACCCUCCCUGUGCUGCCCCUCUCUAAAGCCCCGUGGUGGGGAUGUAGGGAAGAGGUUGUGUCUCCCCUCCGCUGCUCGCGGCACCAUCCUCCUCUCCCAGUGGCGGCAGCGCGGCCAUGGCUGCCGGGCUGCUCCUGGCACGUGCACCGUGCCCGUGGCGAGCCCGGGGCUGGCGCCUGACGGCCUUUUCUCUC